UUGAUUGAUUAGUAUCGAUUGUGAAUCAGUUCAUUGUGCACCCAGAGCCUCGACUGAUCGACCGGCGCGUCACUCUGCGGCUGGACAGCGCUAUGAAAGGAGACACCCCUGUGAGCGGCACCAUGAGUAUCGGACAGGCUCGCAAACUGGUGGAGCAGCUGAAGAUUGAAGCCAGCAUGUGCAGAAUCAAAGUUUCGAAGGCAGCGGCUGAUCUGAUGGCGUUCUGCGACGCUCACGCCUGCGAGGACCCCCUGAUCACCCCCGUCCCGACCUCCGAAAACCCCUUCAGAGAGAAGAAAUUCUUCUGUGCCCUGCUGUAAGAGGAGAGCAUCACACACACACACACUGAUCACCCCCGUCCCGACCUCCGAAAACCCCUUCAGAGAGAAGAAAUUCUUCUGUGCCCUGCUGUAAGAGGAGAGCAUCACACACACACACACUGAUCACCCCCGUCCCGACCUCCGAAAACCCCUUCAGAGAGAAGAAAUUCUUCUGUGCCCCGCUGUAAGAGGAGAGCAUCACACACACACACACUGAUCACCCCCGUCCCGACCUCCGAAAACCCCUUCAGAGAGAAGAAAUUCUUCUGUGCCCUGCUGUAAGAGGAGAGCAUCACACACACACACACUGAUCACCCCCGUCCCGACCUCCGAAAACCCCUUCAGAGAGAAGAAAUUCUUCUGUGCCCUGCUGUAAGAGGAGAGCAUCACACACACACACUGAUCACCCCCGUCCCGACCUCCGAAAACCCCUUCAGAGAGAAGAAAUUCU